AUGCGCAGCUGUGUGCGGAGCUCCAGGGCUCUGUCCCCUGCCUUGUUCCCCAGCCUGCUGCUUCCUCAGACGGGGUUCAGGCUGGUCGGCAGGAGUCUCUGGACCUCCCCCCGGUGUUUGACUGUCAGCGGGGACUCCCAGCUGCCUCCUCUGCCCAGCCAGGCCCGGGUAGUAAUCUGUGGAGGGGGGAUUGUGGGGACAUCUGUGGCCUACCACUUGGCCAAACUGGGAUGGACUGAUAUUGUGCUGCUUGAGCAGGGCAGACUUGGUGCAGGAACAACCAGACUGUGUGCUGGGAUUGUGAGCAUGGCUAAACCUAUUUCUAUUGAAUGUCAGAUGGCCAAAUACUCCAUUAGUCUUUAUCAGCAACUGGAGGAGGAGACGGGAGUUAAAACAGGUUAUGUGAGGACAGGUUCUUUGUGUCUGGCACAAAAUCAAGACCGCUUCAUUUCUCUUAAGCGUCUGGCUUCAAGACUCAAGGUGUUGGGAAUAAGUUGUAACGUUAUUAAACCUAAAGAGGUGGCCAAACUGCACCCUCUUGUUAACAUUCAUGACCUGGUCGGGGCGCUCCACCUCCCCACUGAUGCUGUGGUGUCCUCCCCUGACGUUAAUCACGCACUGGCUGUUGCUGCUGCAGGACAAGGGGUUCAGAUCCUGGAGCGAACCAGUGUACAGCAGGUCCAUGUGGAAAAGGACCAUGUGACCGCUGUAGAGACCGACCGUGGCUCCAUUGAGUGUGAAUAUUUCGUCAACUGUGCUGGUCAGUGGGCCUAUGAGCUGGGUCAAGCUAGUGAGGUGAAGGUAUCCGUUCCUCUUCAUGGAUGUGAGCACUUCUACCUCCUCACCAAACCUCUCCAGGAGUCACUUUCACCCAACACGCCAGUGGCAAUUGAUAUGGAUGGGAGAAUAUAUGCCAGACCCUGGCAAGGAGGCCUUCUGUUUGGAGGCUUUGAGAAGAACCCCAAACCCAUCUUCACUGAAGGCCGCAACCAGCUGGAGAUCCAGAACAUGCAGGAGGACUGGGAUCAUUUUGAGCCGAUGCUCAGCGCCAUGCUGAGGAGAAUGCCAAGUCUCGAGUCAGCCGAGAUCCAUCAGCUGAUCAACUGUCCAGAGUCCUUCACGCCUGAUAUGCGCUGCUUGAUGGGGGAGACGCCGGGGGUGUCCGGGUACUACGUAUUGGCAGGGAUGAACUCUUCGGGUCUGGCCUUUGCAGGAGGAGCUGGCAAGUACCUGGCAGAGUGGAUGAGCUAUGGCUACCCCACAGCCAAUGUUUGGCCGCUGGACAUCAAACGCUUUGGCAACCUGCAGAGCAGCCGAACCUUCCUGCGGCACAGAGUCAUGGAAGUAAUGCCUUUGCUGUAUGAGCUGAAGGUUCCUCGGUGGGACUUUCAGACUGGGCGUCAGCUCAGGACAAGCCCCCUCUACGACCGUCUGGACACCCAGGGGGCUCGCUGGAUGGAGAAACAUGGCUUUGAAAGACCUAAAUACUUUGUUCCUCCCGGGAAAGAUCUUCUGUCUUUGGAUCAGAGUAAGACCUUCUACAAGCCAGACUGGUUUGACAUUGUUGGAGCCGAAGUGAAAUGCUGCAAAGAAGCUGUUUGUGUCAUCGACAUGUCGUCCUUCACCAAGUUUGAGCUGACUUCAACAGGAGACCAGGCUUUGGAGCUGCUGCAGUAUCUGUGUUCCAACGACUUGGACGUUCCCGUUGGACACAUUGUCCACACCGGCAUGCUGAAUGAGAGAGGAGGCUACGAGAACGACUGCAGCGUGGUUCGCCUCAGCAAGAACAGCUUCUUCAUCAUUUCUCCAACAGACCAGCAGGUCCACUGUUGGUCCUGGAUUAAGAAGCAUAUGCCCAAUGACCCACACCUCCACCUAGAGGAUGUCAGCUGGAAGUACACAGCCUUAAACCUGAUCGGACCCCGUGCGAUAGACGUUCUGGCUGAGUUGUCAUACGUUUCCAUGACCCCUGAGCACUUCCCGUCCAUGUUCUGUAAGGAAAUGAGUGUGGGCUAUGCCAACGGGAUCAGAGUGAUGAGCAUGACUCACACUGGAGAACCAGGAUUCAUGCUCUACAUACCAAUAGAGUACGCUCUGCACGUGUACAACGAGGUGAUGUCGGUGGGUCAGAAGUACGGCAUUCGUAACGCAGGCUACUACGCUCUGAGGAGCCUUCGCAUCGAAAAAUUUUUCGCCUUUUGGGGUCAGGACCUUGACGCCUUCACAACCCCGCUGGAGUGCGGACGAGAGUUCAGAGUCAAGUUUGACAAGGACACUGAUUUCCUCGGCCGCGAGGCGUUGCUGCAGCAGCGUCAGGAAGGUGUGUUCCGAAGGUUUGUCAUGCUGGUUCUGGAGGACCACGACACGGAGCUGGAUCUGUGGCCAUGGUGGGGCGAGCCAGUCUACUGCAACGGUCAGCUGGCUGGAACGACCACCAGUAGCGCAUACAGCUACACACUGGAGCGCCACGUCUGCCUGGGCUACGUGUCCCCGCCACCGAGCUCCGAGGGGCUCCCCACACCCAUCACCCCUGACUUCAUCAACCGUGGCGACUACGAGGUGGACAUUGCUGGUCAGCGCUACCCGGCCAAAGCCAAGCUGUACCCAUUCAGCUCCCUCUUUGCCCAACAAAAACGGAGGAAGGUAGACAUGGAGCUCAGCAACCUCCAGGGAAAGUGAGACCAAGUUCAUGGACAAUCUCCCUCUGAGACACUCCCAUCAGUUCUCCACAUCCACUCCGACUCUAACCCCACGCUGCCAACAUCUGUUCCACUUUACAGCUUCUAAUGCAAGGACUAGAUGUCCAAACACUUCUUGUUCUGCUAAUAUUUAAUUUCCAACUAGUGUUCUCUUUUUUCAAAGUGCAAUAUUUGAGACGCGCCAAACCCUUGCAUUCAUCACAUUUAGCCCCACACUGAUCCACGCUCAGUCCACACGGUCUGCUGCUGUGUCUUAUCAAGUCGAGAUGAACUCUAGCUGAUGCAGACUUGCUUGGUUUGUUGACUUGAAC